UCGAGAAAAAAAAAAUCGAGCUCUCUCCAGCUCAACUGUACUCCGGCUCUUCUCUUCAAACGCUACCACCAAACGAGAGAGAGAGAGAGAGAGAGAGAGUUUAGGGGAAACCCUGCAUCUCUGACUCUCUGCGACGCUCUACUACUUUGCUGUUUGACAGUCAGGGUAGUAAAAUUGUUUUCGUGUGGUUCAUCACAGAAAGAAAUUCUUUACCUUUAGUUGUGUACUAGAAGGCUCAAUGGGGGAUGCAAAAAAUGACCUCUAUCCUUCUAAAAAGAGGGUUGCAGGGAGGGAACUCUCUAGGGAUAACCCAGGUCUUGAUGAUGAAGAAGAUGGUCCUGAACAGGAGAUUGGGACCUUCAAGAGAGCCAGUGAUGAAGUGUUGGCAACCAGAAGAUUUGUUAAGGUUCGCCACAAGCAACCACCAUCGUCUCCCUCUUUUAAUCCCUUUGCUUCGAUUCACCUGGUACCUCCUCCUACUGAAUCCAGUGUAAAACCAGCUGGUGAUAUGCCUGAAGCUCAUGCAAAUGCUGAGAAGGAAGUGUCUAAGAGUGUAGAUGAAAAGAGUAAUGCAGAUAAGGAAACUGAAAAGCGUCCCGAAGCAAAUGACCCUAAGGGACAAGACAAGAACAGUCUGAAAUUAGAAAACAAGAGUGUUGGCACAGAGGUUGAAUCUGAUGCCAAUAAGGAGAAAGAAAGUCCUACUUCUGAGGCAACUAAACCAGAGAAAAGUGAUGAAAAUGAAACAGCUGCAGGUGAAGAAACAGAAAAACAAAACAGCUGUAAAGAUACAUCUCAAGUUGCUGAAUCUGUAGCUGAUAAGGAGAAAGAAAGUCCUGCCUCUAGGGCAACCAAACCAGAGAAAAGUGAUGAAAGUGAAGCAGCUGCAGGUGAAGAAACUGAGAAAGAAGACCGCUAUAAAGAUACAUCUCAAGUUGCUACAGCAGAAACCGAGAAGGAAGCUGAGAAAGACAAUGUGUCUCCAGUUGUAGCAGCAGCUCAUCUAAGUGCAUUCCAACCACUUUCAAGUAGCCAAAAUGCAUUUACAGGGCUUGCUGGAACUGGAUUUUCCAGUUCGUCUUUUUCUUUUAGUGCAAUACCAAAAGACGAGCCCGCAUUUGGUUCUGGUUCUGCACCUCUUUUUGGCCUGAAGAAUGACAAACCAUCUUCUUUUUCUUUCAGUUUUGGUAACUCAAAUAAUGGGAAACCUUCCCUGUUCGGAACUAUAGAGGCAUCCACUGUUACUAAGAGUGAGGGUAGUAGUGUUGCAUCCAUGCAGGAAGUGCCAGUUGAGACAGGAGAAGAAAAUGAAAAGGCAGUUUUCAUUGCUGAUGCCAUCCUGUUUGAAUAUCUUGAUGGAGGAUGGAAAGAACGUGGAAAGGGUGAACUCAAGGUGAAUGUUUCUACAACAGGCACCGAGAGAGCUAGGCUUGUUAUGAGGGCCAGGGGGAACUACAGGUUGAUCUUGAAUGCAAGUCUUUAUGCAGACAUGACGCUUGCAAAUAUGGAUAAGAGAGGCAUCACUUUUGCUUGCAUGAAUAGCAUUGGUGAAGGUAAGGACGGACUCUCUACAUUUGCUUUGAAGUUUAAGGAUGGUUCUAUAAUGGAAGAGUUUCGUACAGCCGUUACAACACACAAAGGAAGAAAGACCACAGUUCUGAAGACACCAGAAAAUUCUCCGAAGGCAUCUGAUGAUUGAAUAGUGCAGUGUUGAUUCCAAAACGGAUCAUAUCUUUUGAAACUUUGCCAUGAGUAGUAGCUGAUGGAGUCUUUAUUUUUCUUUAAAUUCAGUACAUUGUAACUUCCUAUAGAGUCAUAUCCAAUUGGUUGUUAUUUAUCUGCAAUCUUGUCUUUGGCAGUAUUUUCCCAUCUCUUUUUCUUUUCCUCUCUUGGAGAUUGAACCUGCAGAAAUUUGCAGUUCCGGAUAUAUGUGCUAAUUGUAUUGCCCGAGAUAAAUUUUCAGAACAGUUGUCAACUGGAAAUCACAAAAUACUCUCAGGCAUGUGUUAAAUGAUGAAACUUUGUCUGUGGUUUACCUCCAA